AUGACUACGACUUCCAGCUCUGACUCAGGUGCAGCACUAAGCAGUACAUCAACAUCAAUUAGCGCAUCUUUCUCGUCUGUCGUUGGUCAAGCGUUUGUCGGAGUAACACUUACUCCUUCGCCGCGUUCCACUCCCAGCCAAGCAGCAGCAGCAUCCUCUUCCUCCGCACCUACAGAUUCUGUAUCGAGGUCUUCAGCAGUGUUUACAUGUCCAGACGACGAUGGCACGUACUAUACCGACCAAGAUGGCAACGGAUACCAGAUCCAAUGCAGCAGCAACCCAGGAUCUCGAAAACGUGGUCUGCUUGAACGUGGUCUGCAUGAUCUCUCAACGAACCGUGAACCUAUCUCACGCGUGCCUAUUACAUCAAAACACCAGAUCGAUUUCGCUGCUUGCGUCAACUCAUGCAGAACCAUAGCUACUUGCGUGGGAACAAGUUACACAGCUUCUUCAGGCAUCUGCACAUACUUCUCGACCUUCACAAGCGUUGGUUUAGACACGAGCGCUAAUGUUGCAUUCCCUGCAGACAUCAGUUGUCCAAGUCUCAAAGGCUUCAGUUAUCUUGACUCUUCAGGCUCUGAGUAUGGGGUUUUGCGCAAUCAAUCUUAUCCAGCAAGUCGCAAUAUCACUGCUCAAGCUGGAUAUACCAAUCUUGCGGCUUGUAGUAAUGCCUGCUCUUUCAGUGCUAAAUGUGUUGCAUCCUCGUUUGUUGAUGGCCAGUGCACAUUCAUCAGCAAUCUCAACACAAACACAAACCCUGGAGAGAAUCUUCCUGGUGCGGUCAUGCUUGUCCUCCUACAAUCUCGUGCUGUGGAUGUGAUCUCCGCAACCGGUAUCAUAUCUCGCAGUACAUCCAUCUCAGUGGUCAGAAAUCUACCCAGCGCAGUAGCUGCAGUACAAAGAGGACAAAAUCCACACGCUCUGGUUGCGAGCGAUCUACUGAGAUGUGGAGAUGCGUUCUGGCAACCCAAUUGUGCGAUUGUGGCUGUUGCGACUUCGGCGGUGUCGAGUUUCUCGACUGUGUACACGCCGAUGGAUGCAGGUCCGACUGGCGUUGUGUCGAUAGCAACGUCGAGUAAUCUUGGGGGUGCGACAGUCAGACCUGACAGUAUACCGAGCAGCGAGAAGACUCCAUCGAUCGACUGCACAUCAAGGUUGUUGGGUUUGAUUCCUUUGGGAUCCUAA